AGAAAAGUGGAGAGACAAAUAGAGCUACAACCAAAGUAUGAGGAAGCAAGAGAAAUAAAGAAGUCUUUCUGAAUCUCAUCGCCCAUCUGGACUCCAUCUGUGUUUCUCUUUCUGCAAGAGGAGCUUGAACUCUAGCUCCCAUAUGCAGGGGGCUUAGACACAUGCCCCACAUAUGAAGGAGAGCAAAAGGGAGCUGUAAACAAGCUAAACCAAGGGAGUCACUUGUUUUUGGAAUAAGAGGGAAGGAAAAAAGGACCAUCCACAGAGACAGUGGAGAGAAGAAGGUUCUUGCCAUGCCCGGUUCUCCAGUGGAUGUAAAGACUCAUUCCAGACCAUCCGCCAUGCCCCCUCUUCCCUCAGUCAACCCUAGUGGACCUCGGCCUGCCGCCUUUUCUUCCACGGCAUUGACCAAUGGGAUGAACCAUUCUCCACCAACACUCAACGCUGUCCCCUCCCCACCUCAGCGGUAUAGUAAUGGACCAUCCUCAUCCUCUUCUUCUUCACUGGCCAAUCAGCAGCUCCCAGCUACGUGUGGUGCUCGGCAGCUUAGUAAACUGAAGCGGUUCCUCACUACAUUGCAACAGUUUGGCAACGACAUCUCACCUGAGAUUGGAGAGAGUGUGCGGAGUUUGGUCCUUGCCUUGGUGAAUUCCACAGUCACUAUUGAGGAGUUUCAUUCCAGACUUCAAGAGGCCACUAAUUUCCCCUUAAGACCAUUUGUCAUCCCUUUCUUGAAGGCAAACCUACCAUUGCUGCAGAGAGAGCUGCUGCAUUGUGCAAGAGCAGCUAAGCAGACUCCAGCACAGUAUCUCUCCCAACACGAACACUUGCUGCUCAGCACAGCUGCACCUUCUCCUGCAGACUCCACUGAGCUACUGCUAGAGCCAAGUGAAAGCAACAAAAGACACAGUCCUAGCAGAGCCAAAGAAAAUGGUUUCCAUGAGCGACCCACAGCCCCAUUAGAGCCUCCAGCCAAGCGGAUCUGCACCAUUAGCCCUGCCCCCAGACAUAGCCCUGCCCACCCUGUGCCACUUCAGAUUCACCCAACCCCACCCCCUCUCCAGCAUUAUGCCCUGGAUGACAUCAAUACCCCACAUCUGUACAGAGAGCCACAUCGCAUCCUGGAACUUCGAGAACUCAAGGACCGGCCACGACUGCCAGGUACUAACGGGGGUUACCAUGAGGAGCCCGUUGACCACAGACUGACUGAGAGAGAGUGGGCUGACGAAUGGAGACAUCUAGAUCAUGUGCUGAACUGUAUCGUGGACAUGGUGGAGAAGACAAGGCGUUCAGUGAGCGUCUUGAGGCGCUGUCAGGAAUCAGACCGUGAGGAGCUCAACUACUGGCGACGGAGGUCCAGUCAGCUUGAUGGUGCACGCAAGAGUGUUGCAACUCCCAGCACUGUGUCCUUCUCCAAAUCACACAGUCCUCUCUCUGCUGAUGUAGUCAGCUCCGAUACUCAGCGGGAGCUCUCUCUGCAUGCUGGCCCUGGCUAUGUGCCUGAUGAGAUCUGGAGGAAAGCUGAGGAAGCAGUCAAUGAGGUGAAGCGGCAGGCAAUGGAUGAGGUGCAAAAGGCAGUGGCAGAGGCAGAGCAGAAAGCCUUUGAAAUGAUUGCAGCUGAGAGAGCCAAGAUGGAAAAAACCCUAGCUGAGGCAAAACGGAAAGCCACAGAAGAUGCAAUUCAGGUCAUCAAUGAACAAGAGGACUCCAGCGAGUGCUGCUGGAACUGUGGCCGGAAAGCGAGUGAGACGUGUAGUGGGUGUAAUGCUGCUCGCUAUUGUGGCUCCUUCUGCCAGCACAAGGACUGGGAGCGUCACCACCUGAUCUGCAGCCCGGGCCUGCAGGCUCAACCCAAAGCGUUGUCCACCCUUAACACGCGUGUUCUGACCAAAGCACCGGAGAGUGGCCCAACCCAAAGCCCCUGCCUGGAAAAAACUGCCAACACGUCACGAGCCUCUACCCCCCCAAGCCCUACCUUAGCCUCCACCCCUGACUCCAACACACAUUAAAGGAAACACUAGAGAAGACAUCUGGACAUUUUACAUCUCAGUGACAUGAUGAAGGCUAUAAACAUCAGAAAAUCAUGCAAAAGGAUCCAAAUUAAUAAGCACAGUAAUAGGAUAUUUCACACAAAUGAUGGGAGGAAUGGCUUAUUGUUUUCAGUUGGACAAUAAGACCAUUUAGUUUUUUUAUUUUAUUUAAGAUGAGUAAACAAUGUGAAAAUCACUUUCAAGCAAAAUAUAGCAAUGUUCUCUGUUUAUGGAAUAUAAAGACAUUAUCAGAUGAUGGCUGUAUCUUGUUACUGACCAUUGUACUGGUGUUUAAUGAUUCCUCUUGCACAAAACCUGUCGGUCAUUGUUGUUGUGAGUGUGAGUAUGUGUGCAUGUUUGUAUAUGUACACACGUGUAUGUUUCUACCGCAUGUGUUGGACAAUUUAGUUGCCUGUAGAGCAAUGUCUAAAAGCAGGAGCACCAUUGCUGGCCAUGCAUCAAUACAGUUGUGAUCCAUAGAGCUUACACUUCAGCAUCUUUUCAUUUGAUUCAAGUCUGUGUUUGCUAUCUAAUGUAACACAUUAAUGACUCAACAGACAACAAUAAAGCAAUACAAAGGUAAAACAACGCACUUUCAUGAAUUCAUGUUUCUGUAUUAUGAGCAUGGCUACCAAACCUUGGGGAGUCCAAAAGCAACCGAUGACAAAGUAGCUGAGUGGGAAUUAAGGUUAUUGAAGAAAGUGACGAGGCGUCCUGAAAUGAUUCUAGCAUAUCAACUUAGCUCACUUUGUGCAAUACUCCCCCUGGUCUAGUGGGUCCAGGCUGUAUUAUUGAGCAGUGCACAAUCACAGCACAAUGUAAAAACACAUGGUACAAAAAUGUAGUCAUCAGAACACAGAUCUUUUGGCCACUUUAUAAAAUAGCAGUAUGUUUUUCCAGCAAAACCUUUUAAAUAUGUGUUAGCAGGUGACUUGCUCUCAGGUUUUAUUUUCAUAAUUUUGUUGAUUGUGAAAAAUUUAAAAAUGGAAAUGAAUCUGAUUCAGUCAGCGGUUAGGUUUUGUUCAGACAGUUAAGCUUCUGAGAGUUAGUUAUCUACUAGAAAAGGUUCAAUUUGGGGUGUUUACAGCUUAUUCUUUCACAACCCUAACACUAAUAAAUACUUGAGAUAUUUUUGGAGAAUGAUUUAAAAAAAAAAAAAAAACAACUUUCUAUUAUGAGGUUUUAUCUGGGUUAAAAAGAAAUGGGAGAUGGAACCAUGUAAUACUAAGAUCUCAAAUUGCCUUGCAUAUAGUUUUGUACUGUGGCUUCAAGAUCUGUGAAUGAUGGCAUUAACCCUCUUCAGGGGAUUUGAUCCCAAUACAGAAAAGUCAUAUUAUUGUGUUUUAUUUGAUUCAUGCAUAAUUAAUUUUGUGUAAUAUGAUCCUUCAGUGCUGGGUGUAAAGCUCUGUGAAAUGAACAUGUUUUCUGGUGUUGCCUGUAAGUGUUGCAACUAAAUCUAUUUAAAUCUCAGGAGUAUGUUAUAUGUAAAUAAGUUUAUUCCCUUGAUCAUGUUUAGAGAGGAUAGAGUUUAACCUUUGUUUUUGUCUGUUUGUUUUUGUGUCAGAUUAGUGUCAACAUUCUUUUCACGUUUUAUGUCAAAAUAAAUUCCAUUAUUUUUUCAUUAUGAAAUGACUUCUUGUAAAAUGUGAUUAUAAACAAAUAGAUCUGUAUUUUGUGA